AUGAGUGGGAGUGAUGAAAGAAGGAACAGAAAUCUGAGUGAUCUCAGCGAAAACCAGAUUCAGGGAAUUCCAAGGAAAGCCUUCAGGGGAGCUGUGGAAAUCAAGAACCUCCAGUUGGACUACAACCACAUCAGCUGUAUUGAAGAUGGAGCUUUCAGAGCGCUACGUGACCUGGAAGUACUCACCCUGAACAAUAACAACAUCAGCCGACUGUCUGUGGCCAGUUUCAACCACAUGCCAAAGCUCAGGACCUUCCGCCUGCACUCCAACAACCUGCAGUGUGACUGCCACGUAGCCUGGCUGUCAGAGUGGCUGCGACAGCGCCCCCGGCUGGGUCUUUACACGCAAUGCAUGGCCCCUCCGCACUUGAGGGGGCACAACGUGGCCGAGGUGCAGAAGAAGGAGUUUGUGUGCACAGACUGGGAUGAAGGUCACCAGUCGUCAUCAUCUUCCUCCUGCAGUGUGUUACAGUGUCCGGAGUCGUGCACCUGCAGUAACAACAUUGUGGACUGUAGAGGGAAGGGUCUCACAGAAAUACCCACCAACCUGCCCGAAACCAUCACCGAGAUACGACUGGAGCAGAACGCCAUCAAGGUGAUACCAGCUGGGGCCUUUUCUCCUUAUAAGAAGCUGCGCAGGAUAGACUUGAGUAACAACCAGAUAUCAGAGCUGGCCUCGGAUGCCUUCCAAGGUCUGCGCUCUCUCAACUCGCUGGUACUAUAUGGGAACAAAAUCACAGAGAUCUCCAAAGGACUCUUUGAGGGGCUGUUCUCUCUGCAGCUACUGUUACUGAAUGCUAAUAAGAUAGCAUGCCUGCGCGUGGACGCGUUUCAGGACCUUCACAACCUCAAUCUGCUAUCACUGUAUGACAACAAGCUCCAGACCAUCGCCAAGGGGACUUUCUCAUCUCUAAGAGCCAUACAAACACUUCACUUGGCACAAAACCCCUUUAUCUGUGACUGCCAUCUGAAGUGGCUGGCAGACUACCUGCAGGACAAUCCCAUCGAGACGAGCGGCGCGCGCUGCACCAGCCCUCGACGGCUCGCCAACAAACGAAUCGGGCAAAUCAAGAGCAAGAAGUUCCGCUGCUCAGCUAGAGAACAGUAUUUCAUCCCAGGAGUACACCAUGUCAGCUGUAACGAGGAUUACCGUAGUAAGCUAGGAGGCGACUGCUUCGCAGACCUGGCCUGCCCUGAAAAGUGUCGCUGCGAGGGCACCACCGUCGACUGCUCCAACCAGAAACUCACCAAAAUACCUGAUCACAUUCCUCAAUACACCACCGAGCUGCGUCUGAACAACAAUGAAUUCAGUGUGCUCGAGGCGACGGGGAUCUUCAAAAAGCUGCCUCAGCUGAGGAAGAUUAACCUGAGUAAUAACCGUAUCACUGACAUAGAGGAGGGAACGUUUGAAGGAGCUUCAGGGGUCAAUGAGCUGAUUCUGACCUCCAACAGACUGGAGAACAUACACCACCGCAUGCUGAAGGGACUCAGUGGCCUCCGCACGCUCAUGCUGAGGAGCAACCGCAUCAGCUGUGUGAGCAACAGCAGCUUUGUGGGGUUGAGUUCGGUGCGUCUGCUGUCACUCUAUGACAACCAGAUUACCUCCAUGAACCCCGGAGCCUUCGACACGCUGCACUCCCUGUCCACACUAAACCUUCUGGCUAAUCCUUUUAACUGCAACUGUCACCUGGCUUGGCUUGGUGAUUGGUUGAGAAGGAAACGCAUCGUCACCGGUAACCCCCGCUGCCAGAGUCCUUACUUCCUGAAGGAGAUCCCCAUCCAGGAUGUAGCUGUCCAGGACUUUGCCUGUGAAGAUGGUAAUGAUGAGAACAGCUGCUCUCCGGUGCUGAGGUGUCCAGCUGAGUGUUCCUGUCUGGACACCGUGGUCCGCUGCAGCAACAAGGGACUCACCACGCUGCCCAGAGGCCUGCCGAAAGAGACCACCGAACUGUAUUUGGAUGGAAAUCACUUCACUCAAGUUCCUGUGGAGCUCUCCAAUUACAAACACUUAACGCUCAUUGAUUUGAGUAACAACCAGAUCAGCACGUUGUCCAACCACAGCCUCAGUAACAUGUCCGAGCUGCUUACCCUAAUUCUGAGCUACAACCGGCUGCGAUGCAUACCAGAGAGGGCGUUCGACGGACUUAAAUCUCUCCGUUUGUUGUCUCUUCACGGUAAUGACAUAUCAUUGAUACCUGAAGGAGCCUUCAAAGACCUGUCAUCGCUUUCCCACCUGGCUCUGGGCGCCAACCCUCUGUACUGUGACUGUCACAUGCAGUGGCUGUCAGACUGGGUGAAGAGCGGGUAUAAGGAGCCUGGCAUUGCUCGCUGUGCCGGGCCCGGCGACAUGACGGACAAACUUCUACUGACCACACCCUCCAAGAAGUUCACUUGUACAGAAGUCCCCGGGCCUUGUGGUUUUCUGGUGCCAGGCCCAGUGGAUAUAAAUAUCCAGGCUAAGUGUGAUCCCUGCCUGUCCAACCCCUGCAAGAACGACGGCACAUGUGCCAAUGACCCUGUGCACUACUACCGCUGCACCUGCCCUUAUGGAUUUAAGGGCCAAAAUUGUGAUGAACCCAUUCACGCCUGUAUCAGUAACCCGUGCCAGAACGGUGGAACCUGCCAUCUGAAAGAAGGAGAAGGCAGCAACUUUUGGUGUGUGUGUCCGGAGGGCUUCGAAGGUGACGCAUGUGAGAUCAACAUUGACGACUGUGAAGAUAACGACUGUGAGAAUAACUCCACCUGCGUUGAUGGAAUCAACAACUACACAUGCAUGUGCUCACCAGAAUACACAGCUGCUACCAAUGAGGUGGAGAGAGGUUAGUCUGUUCUUCU